UUUGGUCAACUGUAGGACGUAACGUUCAUGCUUUUCAAAACAGUUGAAUUCACUUAGUGUAGUCAGCGUUCGUUCGCUGCAAAUUCCGCUUGUCCCGUUAGUUUGGAAGCGUUUCACAAGUGUUUAUCUAUUUACAGUAUCCACGUCCGCAUUUAUCUUGAAUCUCACUAUCAAAACCAAUAUGGAUCUAACUGUCCUUACUUCCAUUGUGUCGGGGGGCAUUGGUGUUUUCGUUGGCUGGUGUAUCUUUCGUCGGCUUGGUAACAAUGUCAGUCUAGCAUCAAAACUGACUCAUUACAAGCCUGUUCCUGGUAAAAUGAAACUAGUGUUAAUAGUACGGUCUGAUCUUAAAAUGGGUUGUGGAAAGAUUGCUGCUCAGUGUUCUCAUGCUGCUGUUUCUUGUUAUGAAGAGAUUAUUGAGAGAAAUCCCGGUAUUUUAAAGGCAUGGGAAGAACAGGGACAACCAAAAAUCGUACUUAAAGUCGACAACUAUGAAGAAAUGCUUGAACUAUCCCACAAAGCCGAGUCAUUGGGCCUUGUUAAUUCAAUUAUACAUGAUGCUGGCCAUACACAAGUCCCUAAAGGCACCGCAACUGUUCUUGGGAUAGGACCGGGUUUGUACUUGAAAUUAUUUUUAUUUUUCCCCAUCAGCUUUAGCUUCUGAAAUAAAUCUUGUUUCCGGUGACUUAAAGCUGCUUUCUUAAGAUUAUUCCUGCAAACACUUACGACAUAUGCACCAGUGUAAAGUUGAAACCCGACUAUUUUAGACUUCAAAGAAAAAAUAUAAGAGAUUACUUUUGCUUA